CGUCGUUUCAACAACUCCUUCAAACAGCUGCCUGUCACCGUCGACUGCAUCGCCAGCAACACCCACAUGUCAGCAGCAGCAGCAGCAGCAGCAGCAGCAACCGACACCUUCCAAGAUUCCGUCACCCUGGGGAUCCAUGGUCUCGCUUUGUCUCCGGGACAGUGACGAAGAACAGGCACUGCCGUCACCAUCGUCACCCGUAGCAUCACAUCAGACAGCAAUGUCAGAGAAGCCCAUUGUAAUGGAGGAACAACAACAACAACAACAACAGCCGGCACCUCAAUCGGAAUUGCCAUCACCCGUUGAAAUGGCAGCCGCCAUGAUUGAAAAGAUCGGUUCGCCGCCUCCUAUACCAGCAGCAACAGCAACACACAAAGGGCGAACAACCUUAUCCAGCGGGAAUCAUUUAAGAACAACGCCAGAGCAACAGGAACCAAAAAUAGAAGGAAAAGGACGCAGCAGCAGCAAAGCACGGUUCACAUGCAUUGUCGCAAGCUACAGCUUGACACACCAAAAGGACGCCAUCAAGACAUACCGUCGCAUGGCUAUCAAAACCAAGAACAGACACGUCCAAAUGGCCUAUGCAAAGUAUUUAUUGGACGUGGCGCGGCUGUAUGAUGAAAACGCGAGCACGCGUCAACGGCUGUUGGACGAAGGCAGGUACUGGAUCAGUCGGCUGGCCAAAAAGAAAAUGUGGGAGGCUGUGUUUCUGCAGGGCCAGCAUUAUCUUGAAUCGCACCAGCCAGCCAAGGCCACGCGAUGUUUUGAAAAGGCUGCCAAGCAUGGUUACUUGGCUGCGUAUUUGGCGUUGGCGGAUCAGGCUGAAGAGCAAGGCGAUUGGACCAAGGCGUUGGCGUGUUAUCGAUCCGCGGCUGAUGGUCAUCCAGAAGCGAAUUAUAAAAUGGCGAUGGUCCUGCUACGACAAAAUAUGAGUGCUAUCCAGGUACUCGAAAAGGCGGCCAAAAGUGGUAAAGCAGCAGAGAGUGGCAAGGCAGCCUUGGUUUUAAGCAAGAUCUAUGCGCACACUUUGCAAACACGUGAACAAGUCGAAAAGAAUGAGUCAAGGGCAUUCCGAUACCUCAAACAAGCGUUUCAACUCGAUUUGGUCGAAGCCGUUUACCAGAUGGGUCAAGUCCAUACGUAUGGUCUACUAGGACAGCCAGGUGAUGCUUGGCAAGGGUACCAGUGUUUUAUGAAAGCGGCUGAGGAAGGAUAUGACUUGGCGAUGCUCGAGCUGGCAAAAGUGUAUGCGAUCGGAAUACAAGGGUUCCUUGCACAACAGCCGGAUGCGGCAUUUCGAUGGUGUCAACGUGCUGCUGAGCGAGGACUAAAAGAGGCAGAAUACACAUUAGGGACCUAUUAUGAACUAGGCGUGGGAAUAAGUGUGGAUUAUCCACGCGCUUUGGAAUAUUUUGGGAAGGCGGCAUCCAAAGGUCAUGUCGAAGCGGCUGAAAAGCUUAAUCGUCCAGUCGUCGUGCCAACACCGCCUGCGGUCAAAGCACAAGAUUCAUCACCACGGCAACGUUGUCAUAUCAUGUAGAAAAGUAAUGGUAAUAAAGAAGGG